CAACUCAGUCCCGCUGUGAACGCAGCAAGGAACGCUACGGAUUUUCUCCCUGCCGCUGCAGUGCACGUGGUACGGCUCUAUCAUAUUAUUUAUCUUUAAAACCCGGCAACUCGUCAUCGCGAAUUUUUCACUUUAUCGGAAAAGUAUAAGCACAUUAUUCAAACACUACUUCACAGUUGUUGCAAAAAUUCAAAGUGUUUUGCUGAAUACUUUAGAAGUCCAAAAAUAGCCCAGUGGAUUUAAACCAUCGGACAGUUUUGAGGUGAUAAAUCCCCUUCGAAUCUAGAUAUCAUUCGUGAAUCUAUAUGCGAUUGUGUUCAUAAUUAGAAAAUGGAUUGGUGCUAAAGGCCAGUGAAAAGUGAGUGACUAUCAGUGAAUUUUGAAGAUCGAGUGCAGAACACUAUUCGGGAAUGAGAGGAGCCUCCACUCUCUGAGAUGAGGACUAUGCUGUAGAUCUAGUUAGUCUAGCUCUCAUAAUUAUAGUAGGUCUAGUUCUUAGAAGGAUAUAGCCACAGUGAGCAAGGCUGGAACUCGUCAGCUAGUCUGGAAGAAACAGACUCAGAAUGAUGAACGCUUUUUUGGACGGUGUGCCUCCACAUCCCCAUCACUUGGCUUCUCUUGGUAUUAAACUUUCCCCUGGCGGGAGUUCCUGUGGAUCCGUAGACGGAAGUAACGGAGUUCAACCAUCCCCUGGCGAUGCGCCAUCUCAACAGCAUCACCACUUCCACCCCCAGGGUUAUCCCCCUCACCACCCUCACCCUGGAUCCCACAUGGGACCUCACAUGGGCCACCACAUGAGUCAUCAUGCAGGAUACGCAGCGCGGGAUUUCCUUCUCCGACGGGAGCAUGAGUUCAAUGCGACGGCUAACCCAACAACUCCCGAGAGUGGAUUGGGACUCUUUCCAUCCCUACAUCACGACGGAACAGCUGGUGGUAUGCAGCAGUUUCCUCAUCACCCUGGUCAACAUCCCUUAUCUGCGGCAAGUCAUUAUCCCGGACAUUACCCUCAAGACAGCAGAUUACCACCACCUCAUCAUCAGUACUUAGGAGGGCCUCACCUGACGCCAUCCAUGCACCAUCAGCAACACCCAUCAGUUAACCAUCCAAGUCAUCAUCCUCAUGGAGCCUUUUUGAGGUACAUGAGAACUGGUGGAAGUACAGGUGGUGGUCAGAGGCAGGAAAUGCCAUGUAUGUGGGUUGACCACGAAACCCCAGCAUCCGGAAGAAAGAUAUGUGGAAAGGUUUUCAACUCACUUCAUGACAUCGUGACACAUCUGACAGUCGAGCACGUGGGAGGACCCGAGUGCACGACGCACGCGUGUUUCUGGCAGGGUUGUUCCAGAAAUGGCAGGGCCUUCAAGGCCAAGUACAAGCUGGUCAAUCACAUUCGGGUGCACACGGGCGAAAAACCGUUUCCUUGUCCUUUCCCCGGAUGCGGAAAGGUCUUCGCCAGGUCGGAGAAUUUGAAAAUCCACAAAAGAACACAUACUGGAGAGAAACCAUUCAAGUGCGAAUACUCUGGCUGUGACAGGCGAUUCGCGAAUAGCAGUGAUCGAAAAAAACACAGUCAUGUCCACACGUCAGACAAACCUUACAAUUGUCGAGUUUCCGGCUGCGAUAAGUCCUACACCCAUCCAAGCUCAUUGCGCAAACACAUGAAGGUGCACGGAAUGACGUUGGGAGAGGGAAAACUUGGAGGUGGAUAUGAAAGUGAAGGUGAAGAGAGCAGCAGUAGUGGUGGGAGUUUAUCAGUAACUGGACACAAUGAGUCACCUCAACCCCAAACAGUUGUAUCUGCAACAACUACGGUAACAACAAAUCCCCCCUCAUCGCACCUCUCAUCUAGAGGAGCAGAACUGACGGAAUGGUAUGUCUGCCAACCACCUGCAGUUGGUUCCCAACACAGCCCUCUGCCAGGUCCACCUCCUCACCAUCUUGGACAUCACUUUAACUCUUUAAUGCAUCAUCAGGCGGCUGCCUACUAGCUUACUUUUCCUAAAAGUUCUGAAAUAACUCUGGAUUGGUAUCACGAUGGAUGUGUGGACCAGACCUGUCCGGAACAAUACUCAUGAUUUAGAAGAGCAUCGGAUGAUCCCAAACAGGGAUGGUCAAAAUCCAUGCAUGAUUCACCAAAUCGCUAAUGAAAAACAGGAUGACUAGUCCUGUUACGCUGAUCCAGAUGAAGAAUGUCUAGCAGUGGGAAUAGGUCAAUUGAAGAUUGGUUGGAUUUAUUUUCGAUGUUCGUCAUCGACGCUUGGCUGUGGAACCUCUUUGCGAGAAUCGAUUGCUUGAACCAAUUGGCUUGAUCGAAACAUUGCACGUCGAGAGAUUCUUGAUCUUUUCCGAUCAGGACUUAUUACUUCUUAUCAUAAGUUAUUAAUUAUAGAAAUGGAAGUUUGAUUCAUGCGACUAUAAGUUUAAAACAUUCGAACAUUUUGAUAAUAUCUGAUUCUCUUUAGUAUACAGAAUGGACCUGUUCAGUUUUAUUACCACUUUUAGAAAUAUUUAAUUAAAAAAAAAGUGUCUGCUAAAAAUUAAAAAAAUAUCUCUAAUUUUGUCAACCAAUAACCAUGAUUCGGAAAAGUUAUAGUGCCUAAAUUAUAAAACAAAACGUGAAUUAAAAUUUCUUAGUUCUACACUGGCACAGAUCAUUUCCAAUGUUCAAGUCACGUUCAAUUUCAAGCCCGAUAUAAUUUUACAAAAUCAUGAUUUGUUUUUGCGAAUAAUUCAUCUACUUCAAGAUUCACGAAAAAAAUUACAAAAAUUGAGUGACUCUAUCAAUUAGACUGUUCCUUAUUCUCUAGCAUAUGAAUGAUCAUAAGCUUUCACCAUCCAAUUUUAGAAAGAUAAAUUACAUGUAUUGUGUACUCUUAAAAAUUGGAAGGUGAGAUAUUAACAAUUCCGAAAAAAAUUUUACUGCUGGUUAUAAGGGCCAUUAAUUGAAUCAUUUUCUUUCUGAUGAAGACGCGAAACUUAGACAGUUUCAAGAUAUUGUGUUAAUUUUUCUUAUGUUUUACCACAGAGAGAAACUCACAUGUAUUUUUGUUGUUCUUAUUUACUUUAUAAACCAAAAUUUAAAACUUUAUUUCUAAACUCUUUUUUUCGUGAAGGAGUAUUAAAAUAUUUUGAUGGAUUUCAUUAUUAUUCAAUGUACAUACGGCGAAGUAUCGUGAGUAUGCCUUAAAGAUCUCAAGUUAAAGAAUGUUAAAGCCAACCUGAAAAUUGUGACGUCAUUCGAUGCAAUACCAAAUAUUUAGAAAAGCUAAAAUUUUCGUACAAAAAUGACUUUUUGAUAAAUAUAAAAUAUCUUGAAAUACAAGCUUGCAAAGAAUUGAUAAUGGUUUCAGUGUAAUGAUUUAAUUAAUAUUAUAUUGCAUUCUAUUAAAUUUAAAUAGAUGACUUAGAUAAUAAUCGAUUAAAUCAUGCAUCUGGGAUUAAACCAAGUUUUUUAAGUUUUCUAAGUUUUCUAAGUUUUCUAUUUCAGAAAAUUAUAUUUGAUCUAAGAUGCCUAUUGUCCUGAAUUGAAUGCUUUUGAGUCGUCGAAUGACUAAAAUGUAUUAUAUAAUACGCAGAUAGAAUCGUAUUGCAGGGGUCGUUAUGAAAAUGGCAUCAGAAGAAUGUACCAGUGCAACCACGUUCGUGCCUCAAUUUACUUCAAACCAAAUAUUGCUAGCCUCAGAUUUUCGAUGUGCACGCGCCCAAUACGCUUCUUUAUAGUCGACACCUGAAAUCUAGUAAUACAAAUUAGGACUUAAUAGUUUUCAUUCCUUUAACAUAUUUUUAUAAUAUUCUUGACGAGACAAUCAUGAUUUGAUUAGUGACAGAAAAAAAGCAUCAUCUACUAUAACUUUAGGUACAAGUUCUAUCAACGUUUCGUUCCCUACUGUAUUUUUCAAAGAAAAAACACGAAAUAAGGAAAAACAAAUAGAAAAAAAAGGAAGAAGAAAGUAUAAUACAUCAUGUGCAAUAUAAAAUUAUUUGUGUCACUCUGAUCCAAUGUCUAAAAUCAAGUUUUGUCAUCAGUGAUUAUUGAGCCAGGAAUAUUAAAGAAAUUGUUGAAGAAAUUAUUGAUGAAAGUGUAUAUAUCUAUGCGAAAAUCUUCGGCGUGCUUUUAUUAUCGUGAUAGCUGCAGAGGAUGUAGAGAGAUCUAAGAAAAAUAUUAUAAUAUAGCAAUUUACAAUUGGCUUAGACAAGUGGCUAUGUAACAUCUUGCACAAUAUUCAUGAAAAUAUUUGUGUACAGCUUAUAUAACCAUUUUGUAAGAAUAUCAAUUGUUAUGUUUAAUAUUUUUACUUGGGUAUUAUUUUCGAAGUGGUGAGAUUGUAAAUACUGUGUGAAAGACUAUGAAAUUAUGUUAAAAUAAGCGAAAAAAACUUGCGCUACGUGUUCAGUGUAAGAUAUGUACUGCGAUUUUUAUUGUGUGAUAUACUGUACAUAAUAGAUAUUUAGAAACUCUAAAAAAUUGAAAAAAGUAUGUGAGAAUAAUUGUAAAGAAUGCCUGGAAGGGUAAGUAAUCCUAAGUAAUUUUAUUGGAAUAAUUAUUAUUUCUCUCUGUUGUGUAUACUGUAUAUGCUUAGCCACUAAAAAGAGUAAUUGAAAACAGCGACUGUACCAUAUAAUAUUUGUUUUUCAAAGAUUCAAAAUAUAUUGAUGAUGCGAGGUA